AGUCCGUUCCGCGAUCUUUGUGAUUCACCGCCCCUUCACCGUCGCCGUUCCUUUACAUCCAUCUCUCCGCCAAAGAAAGAGCACCAUUGUAUCAUCAAAAAAUAUAUAAAUUUAUUCCUUAAUUUUAAAAUAUCAAAACGAACUCUAAACCGCCGUAAGAAGCGCCUCUUUCUGUGUCGUUGUUUCCAAGUGCAAAUCAAUAACGCAAAAUAAAACAAAAAGACACUGCGCGCUUGUUUCUGCGAGGUGCUCGUCGUUUCUCUCCCCGUUCAAUAACUAAUAUAUCCUCUAUUAUUACAAGGUAUUCAUCAACGGAGGCACAUAGAAGCGCACAUACCAACUCGCAGCACAAGCAAGCAAUCAAAGAAGAGAGAAGUGCACACAUCUCUAGAAAGCUUAUUCAAUAAUAUAAAAGACAUUUAAGAACGAGAGAGUGAGAUGUACAACGACGAGGAGCUCACGCUUGGCACCACGCACGUGUCGGAGGAAGGCGAAGAAGUGUUCGCGACUCGCAACGCACGCCGUCGCUCCCCAGUGACCGACGACGAUGAGGACGCCGCUGGUCGGGUCAACGUCAACGAGAACCACGAGCCGGCCGCACCAGCACACGCACAUGCGGAAGCCGCCGUCGCCCCCUCGCACGUGCUCACCAAUAAUAAAAGCCCGGACGCCACCGCACUGCCACCGCACAAGCAGCAGCCACACAUGUCCGAUGAGCAGGCCGCCGUCAUCGGCGAAUCGAUCAUGCGGGCCCUCUCAGGCGAGGAGGUGUUAGAGCACUUUUUGAAAAAGUACCCGCGCCCCACACCCGGCAGCGGUGUCGGGGUUGGCCCGAUCAAGUCCACCACCCAGGGCAAAGACCGCAGCGGCAUCCCGCACGCGCCGAACUACCAACAAAAGAAGGUGGAGCGCAUCCGCGAGAAGCGGCGCACGCUGCACGAGCUGCACGACUGGGAGUACCAAGCAGCCUCGGUGACGCCGCGCCGUGCCAACUCGGCGAUUGUCGGUCUGCACAGCUUCGGCAUCACCUUUAUCCUCUUCGGCCUGCACUACACCGGUCACUUUAAGCUCGACACCGUCGUCCCGUCCAUGACGAUCUGCUUCGGUGGCACGGUGCAGCUGAUCGCGGGGCUGCUCGCCUGGGUGCACGGCUCGACCUUCGCCUACGUUUCCUUUGUCUCCUGCGGAGGUUUCUUGCUGUCCAUCACGGCCAUCUGGAUGCUGCCGAACUCCACCUUCGUCACGGCCGAGCCGGUCCUGCAGUCGAGCGACUACUUCGUCGGCGCCUUCUACGCGAUAUGGGGAGUCUACUCCACCAUCUUUUUCUUCUGCACCCUGCGGAUGAACCUGUGCAUUCUGCUCAAGGUGCUGACGACGGCGCUGUGCUUCCUCUGCCUGGCGGGUGGGCUGAUGGGCAACAACGACACCGCCACCCACGCCGGCGGCUACUUCGGCAUCAUCAGCGGAGCAGUGUCGUGGUACCUGUGCUUCGCCAGCCUGAUCAACGAGGUGUGGGACAUGCCCAUUGUGCCCGUGUUUCAGAUCACGAACCUGCUGGACGGCGCCCCACUCUUCGGCAAGAAGAAGGAACCGACGCCGGCGGCGGAGGAGGAAAAGAAGAAGAGAAGCGAAGGAGAAGAAGAGGCGGAGAACGUGGCGGUAAAGACACACGCAGAGGACCUGGACGUGUUGCCCUUGGCGUAA